UUAAAACGAAAAGGAAACAAAUAAAAAGCGGAUCGAGGAACACAACAUGUAUUUUUCGUAUUUGGCGUAGUGAGAAAAACCAAAUGUCGGCAUUUUACUGACCUUUAAUACAGUUUACGUCCAGAACUAUGGCCUCUUUGCGCUUAGUACUGUUUGGGUUGGCGGUGUUUGUAGCUGUUGGCUAUAACGUUGCCACUGCGGUGGACCGCUCAACGCGAGCCCAAGGAACCGACCUGAUUUUAGCCGUGGACACCACCGGCAGCAUGGGACCUUCCAUUGCCGCUGUUCGCCAGAAAUGCGUCGAACUCGUUAACAUGGCCGUAAGCUCUGACGCCCCAGCUCCGGGUGGCUUCGUUCUAUCCCCCUUCAAUGAUCCCGGCAUCGGCCCAGUCGAGGUGUUCUCCCAUUCCCAAUCGGCUGCCUUCAUCGCAGCGAUCAACCGGCUGACUGCAUAUGACGGAGGCGAUACACCCGAGCUGUGCCUGGAAGGAUUGCUGGCCGCAUCGGAACGAGGUCGUGACCGCGGAAUCAUCCACGUCUUCACGGACGCCCCUACCAAGAACCCCGGCUUGUUGUCGUCCGUAUUAUCGUCGGUGGUGAAGAAAAAGCAAAUGGUGAAUUUCGUAAUUCCUAACCCAUCUGGGUUCGCCGGUAUUGAAGUAUACCAAGAGAUCACGGACGCCACCAGUGGUUUGCUCAUUACAACAUCCUCUAACAUGGCCGACAUUUAUGCCGCGACCAUGAUCCUGGGCGAUGCACUGCUACCCGACGGUGUCAUCCUUAUAAAACUAGGCCGAUCAGCGGUGCCCUCACGCAGCGCCACCAUCCCAGUGGAUGCGUCCACGUACGUCAUCGAUUUGGUGCUGACGGACGCCAGCACCGCUCCCACGGCCACCCUGCGACCGCCCGCCGGCACGCGGUCAAGCACCGUGGAGAUGAUGUUAAACACCCGCAAUACGAAGAUCUACCGAGUGACCAAUCCGGCUCCUGGCAACUGGGUCGCCGACAUCCGGGGGUCCGCCGCUGGAUGGACAGGGGAGGUGCGCGGCCGUAGCCCCGUAGAUUUCUCCUACGCCGUCGGCCAACGCACCGACUCCGGGUUCCAGGAGUAUCCUGGCAAUCCAACCAGUGGAGAGACGGUGACGGUUAUGAUAACUCCGACAUGUGAUGACUGCCAAGUGACCGCGGUUUCAUUUAUUCGGGAGAGCGGUGCCGCCGAUACCACCAAUGCCGUGACCUUCCACGCAGCAUCGAAGUCCUACUCCGUGUCCUUGAGGGUACCAGCGGAAUCGGUGUUCGUUAAGGUCAUGGGCCGGGAUGGAGACGGCAGCAGUUUUGAGCGUAUCCACCGCACGCCGAUUCGACCGUCGUCCAUCCGGAUUGAAAUGGUCAGCGGCGGUGAAAGUCCGGUGUCGCUGAAUCCUGGCGAGUCCGUCACCGUCAACUACUUCGUAGUGAAUAACGGCGGUGCGGCCACCAUGCAGCAAAAAAUCACCGGCGACACGGGAUCCGUAGCGUCGUCGUCUCCGCCCAGCAGUUUCUACUUGGGCGCCGGUCAGCGCGUGUCCGGUCACGUCUCCAUCAAUGUACCAGCGUCGGCAGCACCGGGUAGUACCAUCGAAGUACUGGUGACGGUUUCCGUUCCAUCGUCCUCCUCGGCGAUCAACUCCAUCCGGAAAGUGAUCAACGUCGUCAACCGGCCGCGACCGCCCACGUGCGCCAUUACGAGUUCGACAAUGCUGAGCAGCUGCGCCGCCAUUGGAGACGACAGUACGCGCUGCCGUAACGCGCGCUACGAAGUGCGAGCCACGUUCACCGAUCCGGACAAGGGACUCCGCACGGUUCACGUGACCCGGGAAAACGCCGUGUCCAUGUCCACGUGGUCGCUGCCGACGGAGGUGUUCCGCAUUUCGAAUGUCACUGUUGGCGGUAUUGCUACCGGUACCUGCUGCACCCGAGCGGUGAACUUCCUGGUGACCAACGCGGGAGGCCUGACGGCUAGCUGCUCCGUCCGCCGUUGAAUCAGAGGAAACGAAAUUAUGCUGCUCUAGAGUUAAAUUUGUAUUAAACUUUGCGUAAGGGUAUUUUCGCUCGUUCAUCCAUUGUUAAAUCUGUCGUGGUUACAAAUAAAAGCAUUCUGCGGGCCCGUGUGCAACCGUCCACUUCAUUAUAUAAACCAGGUUGGAAA